UUGUCUCGCAGCCAAUCAGAAUCGAGCAUUUUGUUCACAGAAUUCAAAAAGAGAAACAAAAAUUGUUACGAGUGGAGAAAUAUUUGCAGAUAUUUGACAACUUUUGUGUGUGUUUUUUUGAAGAAUUUUCUCUUCAGUGUUGCUGUGAAGUUGACAAGAUGUUUUCCAGUCCUUCGGUGGAUAAAGAGAAUGUUUUAGAAGAGAUUUUUGCUACAACACCUGGCAGAGCACCUCUGAAGACUGUCCAAAAGGGAAGCAUUGCAGCCGUGGGGACACCCUUGGGGAUAGCGAAGAGAACACCAAGGCCAGGGUCUGCACAUGCCACAACACCUAGUUUCCGUAGGCUGGCAAGAAGAUUGAAACGACAGAGUGUACCGUUUGCUUUAUCAAAGCCAGUGUCAAUAUUUGACAACAAUGGAAAAGGUAUCUUCACAGGAAAUCCUGUCUUUGAGGAAGGCGGACAACAAUUGAAAAGAAAUGGACCAGGGUUGAAUGAAAUGAUACAAGACAAAGUCUCUGAAACUGUUAUCAAGAUUAGGGAGAGGUAUGAGGCAACCUUAGCUCAGAAACAACAUGAUCUUGAUGAAAAGAAUAUCAUGAUCUCACAGCUACAAUCAGAAAUCAGCCUUCUAAAACACUCUCACAAUGACAGCCAGACACAGUCAGAAAAAGUAAACCAGGAUUUGAGCAUUUCAAACUUUGUGAAUGAAGUAAUCUCAAAGGCUGCUCAAGAGAUCCAGAAUGAAGAUUCCACAGCAGAAACCUGCGACCUGCAACCUUCCUCUGUUGAUUUAAUACAAAAUACCUCACCAGUAAAGCUUAGAGGUUGCUCAACUGCAAUCACACCAACAAAAUUGGUUUCUGCAGGAACAUCUCCAAUAAAACUUAAACUAACAGAAAACGAGACAUCCAUGACGCCCGUCUUGAAGAUCCAUGAAGCAACUUCGGUAACCCCGGUUGGAACAGCAGACGCAAUGCUGGCAACCUCUCCUGCUUGUCUGAAAGAUGCAGGAAUUUCCACAUCACCUUUCUGCCUGCUGGACUCAACAACAAACACAUCUCAUAACUGUUCACUCAACUCAGUGCAAGAGACCUCAUCCACGAGCACCAAAUCUGAUGGAGAACACAAACCAUAUCCUGGAUCUAAAGGCGGUAGCUCCAUUCCAGAUGGGAAUGAUACCGAUCCAUCCUUCAAUUGUGCAGAAGAAACAGCAGUAGCUGCACCUAUAAAACCGGAGCAAGAUUUUGGAAGCCUGAAUGUAUCCUCACAGAGAGAAUCCUGUGGGACCCCACUCUCUUCAAUACAUAUAACAGAUGCAGAUAAUGGUCACGCCUUUUCCGACAAUACCCUAAAGGAAAUUGGAACAUCAAUGACACCCGUCACCCUAAUACACAAACACACACUGGUGUCUCCAGUGCAAACAUCAAAUGUAUCAAUAUCCACCUCGCCCCUUGUUGCUGCUCUCCAUCCAGAAAUCAUUACAAGCCUGCCACUCAGUCAACUCCGAUCCGAACUAGAAUCAGCCGCAAUCAGCAAUGAGCUUCUGAGAAGCGAAUGCGACGAGCUUAGCGCAAAGAUUGAACUACUGCAGUCAUCUGUCGACAAGGCAAGAUCUGAGGCUGAGAGGAAAUGUAGCUCAAUGCAAAAUGUGGUAGAUUCUCUUACAAAAAAACUUGAAGAAGCUUUGGAGCUCAAUGAGGAUAUGGAAAGGAAGAAGCCUUUGAACGCUGAGGAAUAUGACAAAACCAUCAGCAGUCUGCAGAAAGAUAUCUUGUUGAAGGAGAAACAGAUGACAUUUUACAUCAAGAAAGCAUCUGAAGCAGAUAACUUACAAAAAGACUUGCGAAGAAUGUAUGCAAAAUACAAUGCACAGCACCAGUCAUACAUGACAAUGGAAGAAGAAACGAAGAAACUCAGUGAGAACUACAGCGCAAAGUGUGUCAACUACGACGCAUUACAAAGUGAACUUUGUGACGUGAAAGUUGAACUACAGCAAGCUCUUCAGGAGAUUGAGGCUCAUGGUAAAGUCAGGGAGGAGGCUAAAGAGCAUCAAGUGAGAUGCAGCAUUCUUGAAGAACAGAUUCAGACCUUCCAAUGCCAGCAGAGAGAGAAUCUGGAGUUCUUGGAGCAAGAGAGAAAAGGACUGGAAGAGACAAGCCUUGAGUUGGAACAACAAGUUAAAAGGCUUUCGGAAGAACUAAGUUUGGCGCGUCAGGCUUUUGAGGAAAAGUCACGACUACACGAGGAUACGAGUGACACUGUGCGUCAAUUACGGAGUCAACUAUCUGACGUCCAGGAUGAACUGAACGCUGUACAAUCUCAGGCGUAUCUGCUCAUGUUGGAACAAGAGAAAGAAUUGACAGCUGCAUCGAGAGUUCUGGAAGACACCUGGGAACGACUUGUGCCUGUCGUCGAGACGUAUAAAGAACGUGCCAAACAACAGGAGGAGCCGACAGUGGAGAAAAAUAGCGAAGAAAUAUUAGGGAACGAAUACAGACCAUCGUUUGUGUAUUCUGUCCUGGCAGCUGUUUCAGGAUCCGUGCCAACGUCUGAGAAUGUCAAGAACUCUUCAUCGCCAGAAGACACGACGGAGGAUGAUAAUAACACUGGAGUGGUCCCUUGUGAGGAACCAGCAGUUGACGUGCAGAGUCACGAGGGGGAAGACUUCACCCUAGUGAGCCGAGCCAAGGCUUUUCAAACACUUCUCUCAGAUCUCGAAGGAUACGUGCAAGACGGUAAUGAACACGCGCAGAUGACGAUACAACGGCAAGUUGAUGAGAUCGCUAAUCUUGAGGAAUCCUUGCUUGAGGCAAAGCAACAACAAAAUGAACAGUUGACAAUCUUGAAACAAGAACUGGAAAACGAAGCCUGCGGUGAUGAAGAAAUUGCAACGAGAGAACGACAACAAACAAUACGAGAUUGAAAGACUCAAGCUGGAACUGAAAACCGCUGAAGAAAAUUUUGAGACGUCGCAGGAACGAAUGAGGGAGAUUGGAAACAGAUGCUGCGCUUUGAUCGAACAGGAGGCUGAGAAUCAGAUGUUAAAUGAGAAACUUCGCCUUCUUAACGAUGAGCUCGAGAAAGUGAAGCAGGAAAAAACGUGUUUGGAGAAAGAACUGGAGGAGAACAUUAAAAGACUACAGAGAUUGGUCGACGCCAGCGAGAGUACUGACCAAGAGAAGCAGGCGACUCUUGUGCGGGAGAGCUUUACCGAUCUUCUGAACAAGAAACUGCAUUUGGAAAGAGAGGUCGAGAAGUUGCGAAGUUCUUUUGCGAAAACGCUGAAAGAGAACGAGAGUUUUGCACAGUAUAACGCGCGCUUGGAAAACAAGGCGAGCAUUCUUGGCAGUAAUCUCUUGAGAGCUGAAGAAGAAAUAUAUAGACUGGAUGGUAUUGUUGAUCGAUUUUGCAUUGCGACGCAGGCCAGUUGGCAAACAAUGACGGCUUCCCAGGAUCUGCGGGAUUUACUGAAGGAACUUGAUAUUGUUGUGGAAUAGGAGCCAGUGGACUUGUGGACGUGCGUACGAAAGGGGGGUUUUAAACUUGUAAAUAGUGUCUUAUCUUACCAUAUGAUCGAAUAGAUUCGGUUAAUAGAGUUUUAUAUCGUAUA